AGUAUAUUUAUUCCAUUCUUAAUUAGUCAAUCAAAUUGUCCUUUUCAUUUUCCCCGAUUAUCCCAAAUUCAAAAUUUGGCUCUAGACAUUACUCCAUAUUAUAUUGCAAACGUUCACUCGACCAUAUAUACACAGAGACAGAGAGACAUACGCAGAGAGAGGAGAGAGAGAUAGAGAGCGAGAGAGGUUGAGAGAGAUGAUGGAGAGAAACAGUGAAGGGGAAAAGGAGAAUCACAAUGAAGUGGAGAAAAUUCAGUUGAUUGAUUUCUCAUCAGAGGAUGAUAUUCUGGUGGAUUAUCCUUUUCGUGAUUCUCUCGAGGACCUUCGGCUCUCAGUUACAUUCAAAGAUUUAAGUGAGCACAACAUUUCAGAGUCGUUAAAGAUGGCCAACCAAAGGGAGGUUGAAAAUGCAGGAAAUAGUUUACAUCAGAGGGAAGAGAUGCUAUCAACACCAGAAUUCCUUGAACCAAGAAGACCAAGUUAUUUGCGGAAAAGUAUUGCCUGGGAUAAUGCUUUUUUCUCUAGUGAUGGAGUUUUGGAUCCUGAGGAAUUGUCUGCUAUGAAUAAUGGUUUUAAGGGGUUGGAAACCUCUUUUUUUCCCGGCAUACCAGAGGAUCUGAAAAUGCGUAGGUCUGUUGACUCAGAUUUAACAUUUGAGUCACUUGAAAGUGAUGCUUUCUCUCUGGAAAGUGAUGCGUUCUCUCUGGAAAGCUUUGACGGUAAUUUAUUUGAAGAUGUAAGAGCGUCAAUUCACAGAUCAUGUGGCCCGCUGAAGCUCACAAGUGCUAGUUGUGACUCAAUUAUUGGGAAAGCAGCAUCAUCAGAUGUCCCUGACUCCAAGAAGUUUCAUGUCUCCACUCAGAACAAGGGAAGAUUAAGUGCAACUUUAGGAAAGCAAACCACCAAAUUUCAAAAAUCAAAGAGGAUGACAGAGUUUUCUCUCCCUUCACCAAAUUUGCAGACAUUAAAGCACAAAGGAGAGUAUAACUUAACGCCAAAGAUAUCAGGGGCACAGACCACAAUAACAAGACAACCCAAAAGGGUUUCACUGGGCUAUGGAUGUACGGGGAACAAGAGAACUGGUAACGGACAAGGUUUGAUGGUGCACAAAAAAUCCGGUUCACUGGACUCACCUAAUUCAAUCAAUUUCUCAACGCCGCUCACCAAGUCAUCUUCCACAGUUUCUCUCAGUACAACAAAAAGCUCAUCAGUUGCUGGUUCUUCAUGUAAUGAAUUAUCAAGUGCUACAUCUUCUAAAUCUAUUCUAAGCUCUGGAACAAGAAAUAUAGGCUCCAGCAGCAGUAAGAUAGGGUCAUCUGGUUCAAUCUCUAAGCCUCCUCUAAGAUAUUCAGGCAGAAGCAGAAGUAGAUUAAGCAAAGAAACAUCCUCAAUCCAUUUAUUGUCUGUGUCUCACAAUUCUAAUAAAUCGCCUGCCAGUUCCAUUGAUGGAUGGUCCUCGGAGUCAUCUUCAUCAACUUGUAGCGGUACUGCAAAGCGAAGAUCCAGUAUGUUAGAGGACAAGUUAAGAAGAGAUACCGAUCAGGCAUCAGCAUUGAAUCAAUUAACUCGUAGAAGAAUGUCUGCAGAUCAACAUAUGAAAGGAGCACUAAAAGAAACUGCCUCAGUUCCGAUAGAACCACCAAACAGUUUAAAGUCGUCUGGCCUCCGUAUGCCAUCACCCAGAAUUGGGUUUUUCGAUGUGGAUAAGUCUGGGACGAUAGAAACUAUGCAUUUCCGAUUCAGAUCAGAGAAUACUUCGUCUGAUCUCAAUGUUGAUGCUGUCAAAAAGAGACCUAGUAAAUUUCAGCCAGUAAGAUGUGUACCUGGGCGGGAAAAUAAUAUCAGCACUCUCGCUCCAGGUCGUACCAUGCAUUCUAAACAUCCAGAUAAUGCUUUGUCAAAAUCCACCAUCAUGAAAAACAGCUUGGGACUAGCUUUGAAACUUCGGGCUGUUACAACCUUUGAAGUUGGUAAUGCAUAUUGCUCGAAAACUAGGAAGGUUGGUAAAGGGGAAGAUGAAAGGCAAAAGAUCAUGCUGACCUCUUCUUUAAAGACAGAAGAAAAAAGAAACAAGGGGAUUCUGAAGAACAAAAUGGGCAAGGAGAGGAAAGAUCAAAAAGCUAGAAACAGCAUUCUACCGGAACCCAGGGAGCCGGUAAAGAAAGAUCACGAUGCUGCCCCUGCCCGGAAACUUGAUUCACCUUGUGAAAGCAAAGAAAACUUUGAAGAACAAGUUAAUGGCUUAAGCAGGUGUUUAGAGGCCAUUGAUCUUGGAGGAAAUGCAGUAAAGCUUGAAAGAAUCGAAUCCGCGGAUGGACAACGCUUCCCCGGUGGCCAGCAGCAGGAGUCACCAGGCGUCGCCCGGAUCCCGCUUGCUGAUAAAAUAAUUGCUAGUCAUCGACCUUCCCCUCUACAAAUUUCCGAGGAGAGUAACUGAACCUGCCAAGGUAUUAAUCUUGUCUGGACAUUUUAAUAGCACAGAACAUAUUUUCUGUAGUUUAUUUAGGAUAUACAGGAGCUUGGAACCUUGUUUUUUAGGGAGAUGAGAGCUGGUUGAUUUUCAUUUGAACGAUUUAGUUAUACCAAAAUGAACAAAAAGCUUAGUUAAAUGUAAAAAGAUUAAAGGAGUUGAUCAGUUCAGACAGAGUGCUGUUUUGUUCCCUGGAAUUGUAGAACACCUGGAAUCAAUUGAAAUUGAACAUUAUUUGCUCA